AUGUCGAGCUCCAGUCCAUCUUCAUCAUCUGCUAAACACGCUGACACGGCUAGGCAAUCCAACAGUCGCUCACGCUCACCGUCUCCCACAAGAAAGACUGUAAUAGAAACGAGAAGAGCAGAACAAAAUAGAGCAGCUCAAAGAGCUUUUAGACAAAGAAAGGAGCUUUAUGUCAAAGAAUUAGAGGCUAAAGUAAAUCGAAUGGCUGACUGGCCAGCACGUAUGGAGCAACUGGAAAACGAAAACGAACAGUUGAAGCGAAGAAUUGCACAAUUAGAAGAAGAAAACAGCAAUCAAGGGCGAAAAUCAAUUAAAUUAGACUAUGCUUCCUUACCAGCAUCAUCGCCAUCCCCAUCUUCCUCAACAUCAUCACCUAACGCUAAAAAGUCUACUGCAUCCACAGACGCUCAGCAGCAACAAACAGACUCAAAGAAUAGCACACAGCCUAAACAAACGGGUGAAAAGGGUAAAGUGUUGGAUGAUUUAGUGUCCAUUCUAAAGACUCGCAAUAGACCACCCAUCCAAUAUCGUCGAUAUCAACCACCAAACAGUUUAUAA